CUGCCACGUCAAAUCACUGCCUGGGUGCUUGGCUCGCUCCUCCGGGAGCCUCGCGGCCAAACUUGCCUGACUGUGGUCACUCUGCUCUGGGUCUGAGGAGUCACAAACUACUGGCUGGAACAUUUCGGCUCAAACUGCUUCUUUGGUUUUUGGCCACGUCUUAACUGGAGCUUUCAGUUGGAGGAUAAACGGAUGCGUUCAGGUUCACGGACCCCCUCUCACCUGACGGGCUGAGGAGAUACUGGACAGCAGCUGUUGGAGCAGCUGGAGUGUGUUUUUAUUUUUCUGCAGCUGAAUAAUGAGUGGAUAUCUUUACAGAGGAAGGCACUGUGGUGCAGAGAAGAGGGCCAGGCCGAAGAGCAUCGGACCUAUGAUGGAUUUCUCGUGUGAUGAGACGGACAAAGGCCCACCUGUACAGAUGCACAGCCUCAGAGAGUUUGAACAGCACCUGAACGACCUGAAGAAGGAGAACUUCAGCCUGAAGCUCAGGAUCUACUUCCUGGAGGAGAAGAUCCAGCAGAAGUUCGAGGAGAGCAGCGACGAUGUGCACAAGAGGAACAUCGAGUUGAAGGUUGAAGUGGAGAGUCUGAAAAAUGAGCUGGAGGAGAAACAACAGCUUCUGGACAAAGCUCUGUCAACAGCAGAGAGCCUGUCCAAUCAGAGCGAAGCAGAGCUGCAGCGCCGCCUCUCGGAGCGGCAGGAGGAGAUCAGCCACAUGCAGGAAAUCCUGGAGACCAAAGUCCAGCUGCUACAAGAGGAGGCCGAGCUGGCUCGAGGCGAGGCCGAGCGAAUGGCCUCGCUGGCGGACUCUGAGGCUCAGCGAUGCCUGGCUCUGGAGAGAGAGAUGGUGGAGAGGAUGGAGGAGAGUGGAGGCUCGGGUGGAGUGCUCACCCAGCGGGCCCUGCUCGACAAAGACAGGGCGAUCGAGGAGCUGACUCAGCAGAAACAUCUUCUGGGUCUCCGAGUCGAAGAGCUCGAGGUCAAAGUUCACAAUCUUUCCUGUUCUCCCAAGAAGGCCGAGAGCGAUGGAGUCUACUCACAGAUGCAGAGGCUGAUCGAGGAGCAGCAGGGUCAGCUGAGUCAGUAUGAGAGUGCUGCAGGUCAGUGUGUUGGUGAGCUACAGAGGGCUCAGGACCAGGUCCGCUCGCUCCAGUCCAAGAUCAGAGAGAGUGAGACCAGGAACCAGAAGCUGCAGCAGCGUCUCGGUGAGAUGGAGCUGGAGCUGCGUUCAGCCCGAGAGGAAGCCCAGAGACAGGAGCGGAACAUCCAGAACAUCGCCGAUAACAUGAACUCCAAGGAGGCGCAGGCUGCAGAGCUGUAUCUGGUGAUUGAAGAACAGAAUAAGAUGCUGUGUUCUCUCAAAGAGCUCGCCAACCGCAACCAGCUGCAGCAGCUGCAGGAAAGCCUCAUUAGUCAUAUUUUAAAGAGUCACAUCAGGCUCAGGUCGAACCUAACGCUGAUGAUCGACUCUUCUCAGCGAGCGGUGGACGAGAAGUUCCGCUGCGUGGAGGAGAAGGAGGAGGAGACUCGUCGUCUUCAGCUGCUCCUCAGAGAGAAGGAGCGAGACCUGGAGAGGCAGCGCUGCGUCCUGACCAACAACGAGGAGACCAUCACCAGCCUGGAGGUGCUGGUCCGUGGUAAAGGUCUGGAGCUGGAGCAGGUCUGCGACGCCUGGAGGAACGUCCAGCGUCAGCAGCAGGACAGCGAACAGAGACACAGCCGCUCCAUGAGGGAGCGAGACGACAUCAUCAGCCAGCUGCAGGCGGCGCUCAGCGCCCGCACGCAGGAAGCUCAGGACCUGCGCUGCUCCCUGCUGGCUCAGAUCCAAUCAGCUCCCAGCGACGUCCUGGAGGAGCUGAAGGUCCGCCUCCAGCUCAAAGACCGCCUCUUCCAGGAAGUGCUCGCUGACCGGACACACCAGGUUCAGGAGCACCAGGAGCAGGUCCAGGAUCUGCUCAGAACCAUCAGCUGCAGGGACCAAUACAUUCAGGACUCUGCGAGCCGGCUCGAUGAGGUCAUGACGGAGCAGACGGCGAGGCUUCAGGAGCUCCGCAGACAGCUGAGCUCAGGGGUCGGAUCCAGGUCUGACUCUGGACCGGAGCUCCAGGCCAUGCAGGAGGAGCUGCGUCUGGCGCUGAGGAGGGAGAAGGAGAGCCAGGAGCAGAGCAGGAGUCAGGCCACCAGGCUGGACUCCCUCACCAGAACUCUGCUCGUAAAGGAGGAGAUCAUCCGGGACCUGCAGAGGCAGAUGGUGGAGCCUUCAGGUCUCUCGCUGGUGGAGCGGUUGACCCAGGAGGUUCAGGAGCUGCGGGAGAGCCUGGUCCAGCAGGACGGUCCUCCAGCCAGAGGCCCUGUUCUCGGCCGUGACCGGCCCAACAGCAGGCAGCCGGAGUUUGGAGAACUGAGCUCAGAGGAUGAAGACGAGGCCGACGACGAUUUGAACAGCGAGUACACUGAGAGCGUCGAUGAAGAGGAGUCCAAACUGAGGCUGCAGUCUGCUGGUGCAGGAGAGACUCCACCCCAGGAUCUGCUAUUUGAAGGUCAGGGACUGAUGGAGGUCAAACAGCUGGUGGAGCAGAAGAGGGCGGUGGAGAGAGAGCUGGGAGAGCUGAAGGCUCAGCUGGAGAAGGCCGGCUUCUCCUCGCUCUCACAGAUGAGGAAAGCUCUGUUCAGCCUGCAAGCCGAGAACAGAGAUUUAAAGCAUCAGCUGACUGAAGAGCCGCAGCCUGACAGGAAACAGAGUGAUGAACAGAAAGAGGAGGAAGAGGAGGAAGAGGAGGAAGAGGGGGAGCUGGAUGUGACCAUAGAAGGGGUGGAGGAUGAAGAGGACAUCGCUGAGCUGUGGGACGCCUGGGAUGGAGAGCUGUCUCUGUCUCAGACCAACAUCCAGAUGAGUGAUGAUCAGAGGAAGAAGUCCCUGAACCUGCUCACAGACUCCUCACAGGACGGCGUGAACAGCGACAGUCAUCAGCAGGACGCCGCGUCCUCUGUGACGAGUCUGAAGACAGUCCGUCUGCAGCAGAAGAGCAAAGAGCUGCGAGAGCGACUGAUGGUGUCUGAGGCCACAGUCCAGGCUCAGGCCGAGCAGCUCAAAGACUACAGAGAGCUGCUGACGGAGACAGCAGUGCAGCAGGACAGUAAGCAGAUCCAGGUGGACCUGCAGGAUCUGGGCUACGAGACCUGUGGCCGCAGUGAGAACGAGGCUGAGAGGGAAGACACGAGCAGCCCAGAGUUCGAUGACCUGGAGAUGUGCACAUCCUUGGAUUGUGGUUCUCAGUGGUGGCCUGCCAGUAGCAGCAGCUCCACCUUCACUAAAGCCACCACCCAGAGCUCCGGUUAUGUGGAGGAGUCGUCUCUCCAGCGCCUCGUGGAGGACCUUCGCUCCCAGCUGUCCCGCUCUCAGGCUGUGAUCCGCAGCCUCCAAACCCGGCUUCGCUCCCUCUCGACAUCCAGCGACUAUGGACCCUCCACACCCCGCAAGGUCAACUGGUCCUUCCAGGCGUCGCCCUCCCAGAGUGGGGCGGAGGAUGACGAGGGCUGGCAGUCAUCUGACGGAGGUCCUCUGGCUUCGCCCCGUCACCCUCACCCAGACAAAGGCCUGCAGGAACUCUCGUCCCGCGUGGACGCACUGGAGGACCAGCUGAGGAAAGGAGGCAAAAAGUCUGUCAGCGAGGACGGAAAGUCUGCUGCCUGGCCGGGUAAAUUCGACACUCUGAUCCAGGCUCAGGCCAGAGAGCUGUCUCACCUCCGUCAGCGUCUGAGGGAAGGUCGGGGUGUGUGCAACAUUCUCACCCAGCACCUGGGAGACACCACCAAGGCCUUCGAGGAGCUGCUGAGGGCCACCGACAUCGACUACUACAUGGGCCAGAGCUUUAGGGACCAGCUGGCUCAGAGCAGCGCUCUGGCACAGCGAGUCAGCGCAAAGAUCAGCGGACGAGAUCAUCCAGAAGAUCCAGAUGAGAAGACAGAGCUGCUCGCCAUCCGGCUCAGUAAGGAGCUCCAGCAGAAGGACAAGGUCAUCGAGUCUCUCCGAGCCAAACUGAACCAGCAUCACCAUCCUCAUCGCUCCGACACGCCCUGCAGCAGCCACGCCCUCUCCGACACCACAGACCAGUCGGAUCGCAUCUCCUACGUGUCAGAUGAGCACGGAUCCACCAAUGAGGACCUGGAGCUUUGCUCCGAUGUGGACCGCGGCAGCGAUAUCGGUCAGAAAGAAACACAGGCCUCUACCAGACUCAGCACAGAUUGUCACUCUCACAGUGGCUCCAUGUCACGUCACCCGUCUGUCCCUCCAUCCAUCGCCUCAUCCCACACCGCACAGUCAUGGCUCAGCAGUCCCAGCAUGCAAUGCCCCAGCUCGCCACACAAACCCGCAGACAUGCAGAGUCAGACAGCUCCGGCCUCAGGCAUCACCUCUGCCCCCUCCUUCCACCCUGCCCCCUCAUCUUCCACCCCGCAGGGGCCUUUUCCCUUCCAUCCCCACCCCGCAACCCUGCAAACCCGUGACCAAGGCAACAAGGGCGUGGGUUUCUCUCUGGCUGAGGUGCAUCAGGAGCUGCAGAUGUUACAAAAGCAGCUGGGAGACAAUGACAGGUUCUCCACUCCACAGUCCAAACCUCUUCACGGUUUCCCGUUCAGCCACCAGCAGCCCGACCCCUUCCUGCCUCUCAGCUUCCACGGUGGAUACCAGCCUUCUCCUUUCAGCACCAGCAGCAGUCUGGACGCCAGCACAGCCAUGAAAGCCGGGGCCAGUCUGCUGGAGAGCAGUGCAUUGUGGGACGUGGCCUAUGGUACCAGGCCGGUGAGACUCGGAGCUGACCUGUCUUCAGGAUCUUCGGGGUACCAGUCAGGCACCAGUCACACAGGUUCAGACCUGAUGAAGGAGCACCUGAGAGAGAUCAGGAGUCUGAGACAAAGACUGGAGGACUCCAUCCAGACCAACGAUCGCCUCCGACAACAGCUGGAGGAGAGACUGGCCCGCACCGCCACUGAGAAAGGUGCUCCCACCAACAUCUACAUCCAGGGUUUGGACUCAGUCGGCCAGCUGUCCAGCGAGAUCAGACUUCUGAAGGAGGAGAACGUCAGUCUGCAGAACCAGCUGAAGCAGGCCACCAAAGAGGGCAGUAAGGAGGCGGAGCAGCUGAGGGAGGCGGCGCUCCUGGAGCGGGCCAGGUUGAAGGAGGCGGAGCUAGAGGCGGAUAGGUGGUUGGAGCAAAGCAGGAAGCUGCAAACUGAGGCUGAAGCUCGCAACCAAGAGAUUGCACAACUGAAGCAGGACAGACAGAGGAACCAGGAGGCCAUCAACAGACUCCAGCAUGAGGUGAGCGUCCUCCAGCAGCAGCUCUGUGAGAGCCGCAGUCUGGUGCACUCUCUUCAGUGUGAGCUGCAGGUGUACAAGAGAGUGUGUGACGUCCCCACAGACACACACUCAGCUCAGGCCGGCGACGGUGCCCAAAGCGACCGCAGCACUGCGACCUUUGACCCCAGAGAGCUGCACGUCCAGCUGGAGCAGCAGCUGAGCGGACAGGCUGACACCCAGCCUCGAUCCAGGAGACAACUCUUCAACGAUAAUGUUCCGUCUCCGCCUGUGAGAGACACCGGGCUCGUCAGUCCGUCCUCUCCUCUUCAUCCUGCACAGAAACAUGCAGAACAAACUGGAGCAGCCUCGACCCUGCAGGGUCAAGCGCCAUACGGCUCAUUCGCCAACCGUCACGGCCGCCAUGCAGUGGGCCACAUCGAGGACUUCAAGGCUCUGAAGCAGCAGAUCCUGGAGGGCGGUGCUCUCCUCCGCAAGAUGGAGUUCAGUCUUCACCAGCCGUCAGACUCUGUCAGGAAGUUGCUGUCUGACACUGAAACACUGAGACAGAUCCUGGAGGAGGCCGACUCUCUGCUCCAGAUGUUCUGGAGAGCAGCUCUGCCAAACGUGGAGGAAACCAAACAGGAUCAGUCUCUGAAGGAGGAGGUCGUCUCUCUCCAUCUGAGGCUCUCGGAGAAAGAAGAGGCUCUAAAGGACGCCAUGGAGAGACUGAAGAGCUCCAACCGCACCAAAGAUAGCAUGGAGCACUUUAUCGUCAGCCAGCUGUCGAGAACACAGGACGUCUUGAAGAAGGCCAAGACAAACUUACAGGAGAACGAGCUCAGGAUUUCCUCCCUUCGCCAUGCCUCUUUCUCCUUUCCUCUUUCCUCCUCCCCUUUUACUUCCUUCCCCUUCCCCCCCACCUCCUCCUCUUCCUCCUCUUCCUCCUCCUCCUCCUCUUCCUCACACCCCUGGCCUGGUAAAGGUGAAAACUCAGGAGGCUUCUGCGAGCUCGCCUUCUCUCGUGGUUGGAGUGUCAUGAAGCCACGGACCUCCUUCAUCUCCUCCUCCACGUCCUCCUCCUCCACCUCCUCCUCAUCCUCUGCUGUCCUGGGAUCAGCUCACCACCAGCGCCCCCUGCAGUCAGCUCUCCUGUAGUGCACCAGCCCGCGUCUCUCAUCGUGAUCUGCUGUUCAAACAGAAAAUGCUGGAAAUUCUCAGUCUCUCAUCGUCUGGAGGAACAUUUCAGUUGAGAGACUGAUUGUAACUGUUUCAUUAAUUAAUGUGUUCAGACGUUAUGAGGCCGUCAACAUUUAUAUGAGACCAGUUUGAGUUCGGCUGGAGUUGGUUUGUGAUUCGUAGCUUCUGAUCAGCAACAUCAACAAAUAUGAAACCAGAUUUAACACAGAGUGACUUUAGUCCAGGUUUAGACCUGGACUUAUGUGACAUAGACAACUGGUUACCAACCUGGCAGGAGGAAAACUUCACAGGGGACUUCACAGAAGUUUGGGAACUUUUGGUCUAGGCAGAUGAAAAACAGUGAAAUAGCUUUGAUCUCGUUUUUCCUGAAUCCAGAAGUGACAUCUUGUCUCAUAAAACCACAUCAGAGGAAAUAUUUCCCCCUUAAACUCAUACAUCAGAGUCUCUGGAUCAGAAGCCAACUUCAGCCUUCAGCAGGGAUCCAAGACACAAAAAUCCACUUGAUGCCAGCAGGAAAGGAGCUUUGAAAAAGCCAAAACCAAACUGCAAAGUGCUUCCUCUCAGCCUCCGUCGAGGCUCGUGUGUGUAGUUAGUGUGUAGAAUAGUUGCAUGUGGUUUGAGCGACUCGUGGAAACAAAGCCAUACUCUCUGACGGUACGCUACGUGUUUUUGUUUUGUCAUAAAAAUGGCCAACUACUGAUAACAUGUGGAAAACACUAGAGCUAGGACUACCAAUAGACAGUUAGACAAUGUUCUUGUGCAUUUACUCACAAAUAAAACACCAAUUUAGGAUUUGUUGCUCCCUGUCCUCAGACUCCAGAGUAUUACUGUUAAAUGUGGAGUCGGUUCUCUUCAGAUGUUUAAAGAAAUGUGGGUCCAACCCAGUUUUUCCUGCUGAAACACGAACCUGCAGUGUCAGACCGCCUUCAGAUGAAGCUGCUGAAGCAGCUCAGUAAACCAGUGUUCAUGAAAAGACUGGACUCAUCGAGCUGCUCAGCGGUUUGUGCGAUGCCUUCAGUGACCUGUGCGAUAAUUUGUCUUCUCGUCAUUAAAGUGCACGGUCCAAGAGAGAUGUUUCAUUUUUCUAACCAAAAAAAUGGACCACACUUUUAUCCUUUUUUUUAAUAUAUAUUUUGGUUAUUUGUUUUUUUGCUAAAUUUGUGAAUCAGUUUAUGUUUGAAUUUCCCUCGAGAUGACAAUCAUUUUUUAAAAGAUUAAAAAGAACAUCUGUGUGUAAACCUCUGCAGGAUCUGUGACGCUCACUGUGCAAAUGAACUUUUCUCAAAUUGGGUAUUUUACACUGGCUUCUCCACGUUUGAGUUCUCUUUUAGUUUUUCUGGAUUUCUCUGUAAAGAUGAGCUGUUUUUCUUUCUGUGCAUGAACUGUGGCUUCACUGCCCUCCAAUACUUUUACUGAAAUAUGCAAUUUUUGGGUUACUGUGCAAUAAUAGCCUUUGUGGUACUAAAGUGCCAUGUCAUCUCGUUUCAGCUCUGAAGCUGAAUUCAUGGAAACAAAUUGAGUUUUGGAUGAAUCUGUCCAAAUUUAUGACAAUCAAUCUGAAGCAGUUUUAAAGGCCCUCUUUAACUUUUGGCUCAGUUUUAUAAAUAAAGAUCAACCAAAGUGAACAGCGUUUUUUCUCAAAUCAGGUGAAAAAUGAUCAAGUUUAAAUAUGUUUUUUUUUUUGUGUAAUAUUGCCCGCAGGUCAGAGGUCAAACUUAGUGUCUUUCUUAGUGUCUGUGUGGUUUUAGGAGCCACGUCUCAUGUAUGUACAUAUUA